AACGUACCCAACUUAAAACCCAAUACGGCGUCGUUCUCCAACAAUUCAUCUUCUCUUUUGUCGACUUCGACUCCUUGAUUUCGGAGCGUGGUUUCUUCUUACUUCAGAACUAGGGUUUUUUCCUGGGAUUCUCGAAUCGAUAAAAAAAGCCAUGUCUGAACGACAAGACACAGGAGAUGUUUCUCUUUCCGUCAAACACGAGGAAGAUGUUUCACCUGAAUCUUUAGCUUGGGCUGAUUCCUGCAUCAUUAGCUUCCCUGAUGAUUCAGACAACAACGACUGGGGAACGUUUAGAGAUGCUUUAACAGAGAUCAUUGAUAUCCAUCCACAGAUCUUUGUUCCGACAGAAUCAACAACAAGUGUCCGGUCUCAAGACGAGGUUAUGACAGAACCCGAGUCAGUUCAGAUACCACAAGCUGCUGACAGUUCAUCGAGGGAACAAGUCAGCGAGAUUGUCUCUUUGCUGAACUUUGAAUCAGACCCGUCCAAGAACUCUUUGCCAGAUCACUACUUUCCAGCUGAGAACAGAACAAAUCAUGGACCAGUGGACAAUCAUCAUACCACAGGUAUUGAAAGUAUAGAAGAGGAUGGUUCUGUGAGCAACGGAGAGGCGGAUGAAGAAGAACCAGAGUCUGAAACGCCUCAAGUCUUCAAGGAUGAUUUCAUGAGCGGUUACGUUGAAGACAACAACAACGCUGAAGAAGUUGAUAUUUUAGAGGAUCCCGAUAAGCUUACUCCGCAAGAGAUUUUCAAGGUGUGGGAUCUUAAGAUCGUGGGAGAAGAUGAUGAGGAAGAUGGGUUGGUGAUGCAAGUGAAGCAAGCACUCGAUGAGUCUUCCACGAUCCAGCUACCCAUUGUUGAUGAUCAUGUUGUUGUGGAGAAGAGUUAUAUCGAUGAUCUGAUAGCUGGGAUUACGGAUCUGUCUCUGACAGAAACGUUUGAGUGAAGAAACGAUUAAGUCAAAUGUAUCUGUUAAUUUGACAUCAGUAAACUCUCUUUUUGUUUUUA